AUGGCAGCGGCCAUGAUCAGCGAUCGGGGACUACGUAAGAAGCUGACGCAGGAGGCGAUACCGGAGAAGACGCCGAGGAAACCCUCCAAGCGGCGCUCCACUCCCAGCAGCUCGAAGGGCGACAAGAGGAGCGAGCAGAACAACAACAAACGCGCCAAGAUCCAGACCGGGGAUCCGAAACUGGACCUGUUCUCCACCUACCAGCCGUGGGUCAUCCAGACGUACGGCGACAUGGCGAAAACGAAGACUAUCACGCUGAAGAAGUACGCGAGGAUACUGCGCACGCUCCGCGGCGAGGAGUGCAACAGCUCGGACAGCUCGAAGUUCCGCUUCUGGGUGAAGGCGAAGGGCUUCUACGUGGGCAAGCCGCCCGGGUACGACGCGAAGCCCGCCGACGGGAUUGUGUGCAGGUACAGCGUGUUAGACGCCGAGGGGUGCGCCCGCUCCGCCGACGGCAUGGAGAUGUACACCGGGUCGCAGAACGACCCGCCCCUCUACAUCCCGACACCCCCGCUUAAGGUGAGCUGGCAGUUC